AAUCUUUCUAGCUUUUACUAUUUUCGUUGACAUCUUUUAUUUAUUUAAAAACAAAUAGACAGGUACCAAAUUUAAAUGUUAUGAAAAUGUAGAGUUAAUAAAUAUUUUACAAAGUUUAUUAAACGUUUAAGAUUCCAAGUGCAAGCGUCAUCUGUCGUGUUUUACUUGAACUAACCUUUGCCGCGAGCAAACUGGUUUAGAACCUUUGCUUGAGUAACCUUCCAAUGGAUUUGCUAGCUUUUUUGAAAGAGGACUCUGUCAAUGACUUUACAUUCAAAUAAUACAAACUUACAAUUGUUUGUACUAUUUUGUAAAAUAAAUUAAUAUUAUGUGAAACUUGUAAUGCAUCAAAAACUAUCAGUGUUAAGAUUCCUAUGAUAUUUUUUCCAUUCUUUUCUAAUUAGUCUCUUAAUAACUUUAAAUUAAUAAAGAUUGCUUCGUUUCCUGAGUAUCCUGAGAAGCCUGGCUUGAAGUCAAUUACCAACCGGAGGACCUUUUAUCGUGAUUUAAAAGUGUUUUAUAGAACUCUCAGUGCAUGUUAAACUUGCAACGUAUGUUAAGGUCAAAUCUCGUAACUGCAUUUAAGCAGCAUAUAGCAUAGCGAAAUUCUUUGUCUAUGGCAGUUAUUCUUUUUAUAAUCCUAUUAGCAAAUUCUUAUUGAUGCUUUAAUCAUAAAACUAUACCUUUUUUACAUAUUAUGUAGGUAGGUACAUAAAUAAUCUUUAAAACGAAGCUAUUGGCUAAAACCUACUUUUGGAUUGUGAAAAUUAGCGACAUUGCAAUUCCUGCAAUAUUCAAUGAGUCCUCCCUGGAAAAUAUUUAUAAUAGCCAGCCUCCUCAUAAAAAUAUUUAAAAACCUAUUAUUAAUGACAACAAACUUGUCAAGAUUUAAUGACACAACAACAUCUAUCAUAAAGUGGUAAUAGUGUAAUGCUUUACGGAUAGCGUAAACAAAAAAGCUAUAUAAAAAUGAAACUGUUAUAAAUUCCCAGUGGAAGAAAACAUACCUUGAAGAUAAUGAUAACACAUUUUUAAUAGAGUAAUAAAAAGAACAAAAAGAAUGGAGCGUGGAAGGAAGUCUCGUCGAGGACGUUAUCAUGCGCAUUGUAACAGCAAUAUCUGCAAUAAUUUCACGUCUCCACAGCAUCCGAAGACACAAUCUUUCCUGAAAAAUUUGUACUCCUUCUUCAUCAUGUCGAGUCUGAUAGCCCUUAUUUAUCUGAUGCUUCAGUAUCAUUGCCAGAAUUGUAGGGAUAAGUGUGACAUGAACAAUAUUUCUAAGAAUCUAGAAGAUAUUUCUAGAAAUUUAUCGAUUAUCAAAGACAGCUAUUAUGACUUGGAAGUUAAGAUAUCGCAAUUCUCCCAAGAACUACCGAAAUUGGAGGGCCAAAUAGAUAUCUUGGGGGCACUAGCUACUACAAUGGAGAAGAGUCAUCUCGAUGCUUGGGCUCCUGAAACUGUGGAGUCCAUAUCCAAAGUUGGCAAUAAACCACACUUGGAAAAUAUAACUAAAUUGAGACCAACAAACUCAACUGGAUUGCCAGAGCAAGUAAAAAUUAAUCAAGAUUGA